AAAAUACAAAUACGUAAAUAAGUACUAUACGAGUAUCGGAGUGAUUAAACAUUAAACACUAAAAAAUAUGAGGGUUUUGGAGCCUUCAACGAAGUGUGACAGAUCAAAUGACACUAAAAAAAGUGCUGGAUGUUUCAGAGCCAUAUUUGCUAGAAGGCGAAGGCCGAACACUACUAAAAGGCCGCCGGAGCAAGAGACACAAAUAAUUAUAUGGUAUGAUGAGAAACAAGAAGACUUUGAAGCUACGUUACAGACCUACAAAACAUUUGAAAAGAAUGGAGACAUAGUAUACAGACAUUUCCUGGUAAACGUGUCAAAAACUGGACCAGCCGGUCAAAUGAGAAUAGAAAAUUAUGAUGAAAUAUUAGUUAUGAACGAAGAGGGUGUUCCUGACAAGACACAUGAUGAGGUCGUUGGUAUAUUUAACAAGGUCAAGGUCGAUGGACGAACACGAUUCUGUUUGGUAUUGCGCAGAAAACCCACAGGAAAAUGGGUUUGGAUAGAAACGAGUGCAGUGUUAGCGCCAGAAUCUACUCGGCUUCCCGAUAAUCAACCCAUAGUAGAAAAGACAAAGUUCCAAUCACUUGACAACAACUAUAUUGAAAGUGCAACAAACAACCGGUAUAAGAUCAGUGGAACACAGCGCUACCUAGCAAUACGGGAUCAAAGAGUUAUGACCAGUGUUUUAACGGAUACAGAUAACACUGACGCAAACAUGAUGUGCAAGGUUCAAAGGUAUUGGCAAGAUGGAGAAGGUCGUGUAUAUUUUCAAGCUGCUCUUUGCGACGAAAAACGCCGGAACUUCAUCGGAGUUGACAGAGAAAAGAACAUAAUUGUAAAAAAUGAACCAGAGUGGUUUGAUAUAAGUGAAUUGGGAAGUGAGGUUCAAUUUAAAAUCGAUGAUCUAUACUUGGGAUACAAUGAACAAGAGGAUCAAGUUGAUGCCCAGCCGUCUGCUUAUUUGUUUCAAGAAAUUCCUGGUGAGGUCGAGGUCAGUCAACUAGCUAGACAAACUGACAACAAUUCUCUUUCCGGAACAAAAACAGACGAAAGGUCAUUGAAAAGGUCAUCAAAGAGUAGGUCAAGUUCAAGUUCAUCUGACUCGGAUAGAAAGAGUGUUCAGUCGAGAAGUAGCGUGUCGUCCGGCAAAACAUAAACUUAAAGAAAUAUGAGCUGCGCCAUGACAAAACCAACAUAAUGGGUUUGCGACCAGCAUGAAUCCAGACCAGCCUUCGCAUCCGCGCAGUCUGAUCAGGAUCCAUGUUGUUCGCUAUCAGUUUCUCUACUUGUAAUAGGGUUUGUAAGCGAACAGCAUGGAUCCUGAUUAGACUGCGCGGAUGCGCAGGCUGGUCUGGAUCCAUGCUGGUCGCAAACGCACUAUGUUGGUUUUGUCAUGGCGCGGCUCAUAUGUUGACAUAAUGAAUAUCAUUAUUUGCAUGGAAAUAGAUCUGUAAGAUAAGCAAUGAAAAGAAAGCAAUAAAAAAUGCUCAAAUGUCAUCGCAACACUUUGUUUAAGAGAUAAAUUGAGUGAUGAAGGAUGUUGCACUUUUUCAUUAUUCCUCAUGUACAGACUUAAUCAAACCGAGUCUGCAAUUUUUAUGCUAUUUUGUUGUGAGUAAUGCUUCCACAACACCACCCUUAUCCAGAUUUUAGUAUAGA